AUGACAAUUAGAGAGUGGCUUGAGCCCCGGCAGACUGGCCUGCAGGCCCCCCUAGAGUCCUAUUCUGUGAUGUUGGCUGUUGGCUGCUACAAGGCUCUGGCCACACGGGGCCCCCAGCACCAGGGGACCAGGGGGGGCUACCAGGGGGGGCUGAGGUGUUUACUCGCUGCAUCAACAGGACAUAGCUCCUUCUAUACAGAUAGAACACCCAGGAGCCUCAGGGGAGGGGGGGGGGGGGGGGGGCUGGAGUGAGACUCACUGAGAGGGGAAGAUAAGGGUUUUAUCUUUGCCUGGCUCCCCUAGCUGCCACAUGCUUUGAUUGUAAUGUUCUGUGGUUCCUUCUGCCGGCCCGGCCGAUCCCCCCCCCCCCCCCCGGUGACAAUUAAGACGACCCGCUCAGACACAAUGCUGCCAGAGGGAGGGAGCAAGGGAGGCUCUCCUUCUCCUCUCUCUAUUGCACCGUGGGUGUUCCCUGACACCCAAUCUCCCCUUCUCUUCCUGUCAUUACUUGGUUGUGUGUGUGUAACGCACUUGCUGGCGUCCACUUCCCGGUAGGAAGCCUGCUAAUUCCGACAUUCCCUGCCACCCCUUCUUCCACACAGUCCUCUCUCGCUCACCCCACUUACCCUGUUUGACAUUGUUUCUGUUCAUCCGUCCCGGAGGUGUCACAAUCACCAUCCUACAAGCCCAUUGGGUCAGAUACUCUCAUCUCUAACGACUGAUUGGCUGAUUAUGUUUCCCGGCUGCUUUGUGAUUAAAAAGAGGCUUGCGCCACCACUGCCAGGCUGUGGCUCAUAUGUGGUGAAGGCGGCUCAGCGGCUCGGCGGGCACAGUGGUAAACCGUGUGGCACAGUCCUGAUCUGGGCGCUGGUUUCUUUACAACUCGUCACACGGCGUGUUCAGCACGUCUCAGCUCAGUACCAACAUCUGAUAGUGUCAUGCUGACUAUAAAGCCAUCGCAGCGCGUUAACUGAGGUGCUCAGGCAGUUAACUUGUUUUGGGUUUUCUGUUUCAAGCGGGAACCACUUCCAGAUGCUGCAGAACGAGAGAGAAUGUAGCCCAACAUCCAUACUUAAUCUCCUUGUAUCCAGCGGUGGCUGACAAUAUGCUGGCUUUGAUUUCAUUCAUGGUGACACAUUGCGUAUGUGCAAAUGGAGCGACGCCAUUGUUGGUUGCUUACAUCAGCCAGCGGCAAAGGCAAUGGGGCGAAAGCAGUUUGGAAUGAAGACAUCUGCUUUGAGCAGUGUCGCCUAACACUGCUAUUGAAGUGUGUUAGCCUGUGUGACAGGGCUAGGCCGCACAAUAAAAUAUAUUCACUGUGAGACAAAUAUCUCACUGCGUGUUAUUGUGCUCUGUCACACUGCAUCUACAGCUGUUGGGCUAACUCAGCCAGAGAGAGCAGAGGUUCCUCUCAGACUGUUCGGCUAACUCAGCCAGAGAGAGCAGAGGUUGGUCUCAGACUGUUGGGCUAACUCAGCCAGAGAGAGCAGAGGUUCCUCUCAGACUGUUCGGCUAACUCAGCCAGAGAGAGCAGAGGUUCCUCUCAGACUGUUGGGCUAACUCAGCCAGAGAGAGCAGAGGUUCCUCAGAUGUUGGGCUAACUCAGCCAGAGAGAGCAGAGGUUGCUCUCAGACUUGGGCUAACUCAGCCAGAGAGAGCAGUGGUUCCUCUCAGACUGUUGGGCUAACUCAGCCAGAGAGAGCAGAGGUUGCUCUCAGACUGUUAGGCUAACUCAGCCAGAGAGAGCAGAGGUUCCUCUCAGACUGUGGGCUAACUCAGCCAGAGAGAGCAGAGGUUCCUCUCAGACUGUUGGGCUAACUCAGCCAGAGAGAGCAGAGGUUGCUCUCAGACUGUCGGGCUAACUCAGCCAGAGAGAGCAGAGGUUCCUCUCAGACUGUUGGGCUAACUCAGCCAGAGAGAGCAGAGGUUCCUCUCAGACUGUCGGGCUAACUCAGCCAGAGAGAGCAGAGGUUCCUCUCAGACUGUUGGGCUAACUCAGCCAGAGAGAGCAGAGGUUGCUCUCAGACUGUCGGGCUAACUCAGCCAGAGAGAGCAGAGGUUCCUCUCAGACUGUUGGGCUAACUCAGCCAGAGAGAGCAGAGGUUCCUCUCAGACUGUCGGGCUAACUCAGCCAGAGAGAGCAGAGGUUGCUCUCAGACUGUCGGGCUAACUCAGCCAGAGAGAGCAGAGGUUCCUCUCAGACUGUUGGGCUAACUCAGCCAGAGAGAGCAGAGGUUCCUCUCAGACUGUUCGGCUAACUCAGCCAGAGAGAGCAGUGGUUCCUCUCAGACUGUCUGGCUAACUCAGCCAGAGAGAGCAGUGGUUCCUCUCAGACUGUCAGAGAUAAGUGCCCUGCGGAUGACAAAUUAGCUCUUACUCCUACUGUUGACUCCCUCUGAGAACUGAAGCUCUGAAGCUGAAGGGGGGGGGGGGGCAGCAAUGUUAAUCUUACUAUUAUCCUAUUUAUGUAAUGGGAAGAGGAGCAUACGCUGGAAUACGUCAAGAGAAAGUUGAGUGAAAGUCGUUGUUUAUCAAGAUGGGGUCGUAGACCCAAAACAUGACUCUGUUGGCCGACGUGUUGUGUGAUACAGGAAAUUGCCUGGCUGCCUCCUCCAUUAUAAAAGUGGUUUUGCAUCCAAUCUGAUUGGGCUGGGUGGUUGGGUCUCUUUAGUUUUUUCUCCUCUCUCCCUUCGUUAUGAGACUGAGUGAUCUCUGGUCUAAGCUCCGACCUUGUCAUAGGAUUAAUGUGUGUUAACAGGUGGAGGGGGGGAUUUGACUUGGCUCCCUGGUUUCAUUGUGCUGGAGUAACCAGGGGGAGGUGGGGGGCUGAAUGAGUGUGAACAUUUCAGAUUGCCUUUGAGGUGAAGGGGGCUGCAUUGUUUUUCUCCAAUCAGCUCUCCUCGUGGUGGAAUGUAUUUUUGUCGGGAUUGCCAGAGCCAAUGAGGAUCAAAAGGCGCUGGGCUAACAAUGCAGGGAGCCAAACCAUGCAUCAUGGACCUGAAAGGCAGCUGCAUGGCGGGAUUGGAAACGGUAGCCACUCACUAUGCUCUGCUCCCUGCUCCGGCUCCCGUUCCUCAGCUCUAUGGAAUGCUGCUGAUGUUCUGGUGAGAACUCCAACUCUGCUUCGCCUGGCUCUUGACACCAAAAAAACAGUGCUCUUACUAUGGCUAAAAACAGAAGAAUAAAGUCUGCCCUACACUUGUGAAUCUGGAGGCAGGUGUUAGUGGAGCAUCAACAGACAGACAGACAGACAGACACAGCCCCUUGGGAGGAAGAAUGAUGGUGGUCGUAAAAAAGGAGGGAGAAGGAGGAGAGCGGUUUGAGGAGAAAAGGAGGGAAGCUAAUUUUCAAGUCGACAUGUUGAAGUGAUUUGUGGAGCGCCUGACUGAGGUGUCAGAAUGACAUCAUCGGUGGCCAUUGUUUCCCCCGCUACGAGGCUUUGUUCUCCCGUGACCACAAAGGGGGGUGGUCAGAGGACCAAGGGCUUCUGGAAAUAGUAAAGGAGACCAGUACACCAGUGGAGGCUGGUGGGAGGAGCUAUAAGAGGACGGGCUCAUUGUCAUAGCUAGAAUGGAAUUAAUGGAACGGUAUCAAACACAUCAAACAUAUAGAAACCACGUUUGACUCUGUUCCAUUUAUUCCAUUCAAGCCAUUACAAUGAGCCCGUCCUCCUAUAGCUCCUCCCACCAGCCUCCAAAGCAGUACACCCAGUACCUCUCCUCUGACUGAACAACCCCACACAGUAGAGCUAGAAGACACUGACACUUCACUCUGUUUAUAUUUUAACUGGAACUAAUACUCUACACACAAACACUUCUAAUGAGCUCUUUUGUCUAUAAAUUGGAGCAGAGCUACCUACUUAGGUUGUCAACAAUAUCUCUGCUGUAUCUUUGGCAGUAUUAUGAUAGCGAUCCAUGUGCGAAGGGCCAGGUUGGUAUUUUUUCUCUUCUCUUAAUCAGGAGUUGAGAUUGGGUUGUGUCCCAAAUGGUACCCUAUUCACUAUAUGGCUCUGGUCAAAAGUAGUGCACUGUAUAGGGAAUAGGGUGCCAUUUGGGACCCACCCCUAGUUUCCAAGUGUUUGUUUCUUAUGGCCUGGUGUUAGCGUUGCUGCCAUCCAUAUGCCUUUUGGUCCUGAUGAGCAGUCAUUAGCGAGAGAGCUAAUAUUUCAGCCCAUUUACCGCUGCUGUGUCUUAGUGGUCUUUUAGCUCAGGAUCAUACGGCUCCUUCCUUUCGGAAUUCUUCCCAGUGUUUAUGUGGGGAAUUCGGGUCACUGCUUUCCAAAUCUGACAUACAGUGAGGGAAAAAAGUAUUUGAUCCCCUGCUGAUUUUGUACGUUUGCCCACUGACAAAGAAAUUAUCAGUCUAUAAUUUUAAUGGUAGAUUUAUUUGAACAGUGAGAGACAGAAUAACAACAAAAAAAUCCAGAAAAACGCAUGUCAAAAAAGUUAUAAAUUGAUUUGCAUUUUAAUGAGGGAAAUAAGUAUUUGACCCCUCUGCAAAACAUGACUUAGUACUUGGUGGCAAAACCCUUGUUAGCAAUCACAGAGGUCAGACGUUUAUUGUAGUUGGCCACCAGGUUUGCACACAUCUCAGGAGGGAUUUUGUCCCACUCCUCUUUGCAGAACUUCUCCAAGUCAUUAAGGUUUCGACUGGCUAGGCCACUCCAGGACCUUAAUGUGCUUCUUCUUGAGCCACUCCUUUGUUGCCUUGGCCGUGUGUUUUGGGUCAUUGUCAUGCUGGAAUACCCAUCCACGACCCAUUUUCAAUGCCCUGGCUGAGGGAAGGAGGUUCUCACCCAAGAUUUGACGGUACAUGGCCCCGUCCAUCGUCCCUUUGAUGCAGUGAAGUUGUCCUGUCCCCUUAGCAGAAAAACACCCCCAAAGCAUAAUGUUUCCACCUCCAUGUUUGACGGUGGGGAUGGUGUUCUUGGGGUCAUAGGCAGCAUUCCUCCUCCUCCAAACACGGCGAGUUGAGUUGAUGCCAAAGAGCUCCAUUUUGGUCUCAUCUGACCACAACACUUUCACCCAGUUCUCCUCUGAAUCAUUCAGAUGUUCAUUGGCAAACUUCAGAUGGGCAUGUACAGUAUAUGUGCUUUCUUGAGCAGGGGGACCUUGCAGGCGCUGCAGGACUUCAGUCCUUCACGGCGUAGUGUGUUACCAAUUGUUUUCUUGGUGACUAUGGUCCCAUCUGCCUUGAGAUCAUUGACAAGAUCCUCCUGUGUAGUUCUGGGCUGAUUCCUCACCAUUCUCAUGAUCAUUGCAACUCCACGAGGUGAGAUCUUGCAUGGAGCCCCAGGCCGAGGGAGAUUGACAGGUCUUUUGUGUUUCUUCCAUUUGCGAAUAAUCGUACCAACUGUUGUCACCUUCUCACCAAGCUGCUUGGCGAUGGUCUUGUAGCUCUUUCCAGCCUUGUGUAGGUCAACAAUCUUGUCCCUGACAUCCUUGGAGAGCUCUUUGGUCUUGGCCAUGGUGGAGAGUUUGGAAUCUGAUUGAUUGAUUGCUUCUGGCUUCCAGGUGUCUUUUAUACAGGUAACAAACUGAGAUUAGGAGCACUCCCUUUAAGAGUGUGCUCCUAAUCUCAGCUCGUUACCUGUAUAAAAGACACCUGGAAGACAGAAAUCUUUCUGAUUGAGAGAGGGUCAAAUACUUAUAACUAUAACAUUUUUGACAUGCGUUUUUCUGGAUUUUUGUUGUUGUUAUUCUGUCUCUCACUGUUCAAAUAAACCUACCAUUAAAAUUAUAGACUGAUCAUUUCUUUGUCAGUGGGAAAACGGACAAAAUCAGCAGGGGAUCAAAUACCUUUUUCCCUCACUGUAUGGGUCAAUCAUUUUAAGGUGAGGGACGGGAAAGGGAAUGGCUUCUUCCAAAUAGUCUGUGGCAAACUGGAAUCAUCUCUCACUCACUUCUAUCAAUGUGCAGCUUAUUGCACCCACUACCAACCCCAACAUAACUCCUGUUAUUUUGAGCAACACAGAAUUUACAUUGAGUAUUUCUCAUAAAUUGUUGCAGAGAGGAACUCUUAUUUAUUCGUCAACGUUCACAUUUUUUAUGCUUUACAGAGGCAUUGAAAGGACCCCAGUGUCUGAUCAUUGUAGGCCUAGCUCGUACUUAAAAGGGCUGACGACACGGACACUUCCAUCACAUUCCAUUGGAAGCAGUCAUCUGUUCUGGCGUUAACAUGUGUCCCGUGGCGCUGCUGUGUUUGACUGGGUUCUGCCCUUCGCCGUCCAAACAGUUUCUGGGGGAUCCAGUACACUUUAACCAAUUUAUGAUCUGUGUUGCUUGGCCUGUGACCCGGGACUACACCUCUCCUAAUGCCUCCAAACUGUAGCCCUAAUGCAAAGGCCAGACCUCCUCGCUCUCUUUGCCUAAAUUCCUUUUAAAUAUUUUGAGAGGGAAUUCCAAGAGGUUGACGCAGGCAGAUCGGCAUUGAUUCUGGCUGAGGUUGAUGCUGCUGCUGGUUCGCCUCCUUCAGUGAGGUAGCCGUUCUAGGGGGUUUUGAGUGUGAUUUGUUUUGCAUCCACGCCAGCUAGCAUCAAUGUUUCUGUUAUUGAGGGAGGAAUGGGGCUUGAGCUGUUUUGGAGAGGGGGGGACAACAACAUAAGGCCAAAAAUGUAAGGGGGCACGUUUUAAACAUUGUUAACACCUAAGCCUGGCAUUCUGUUCAUUCUUUUGUUAAAAGAGAGAGAGAGAGAGAGAGAGAGAGAGAGAGAGAGAGAGAAACACAAAGACCUGAUUGCAUUGCCUAGGGACUGAAACGCUAUAGCUGCUUAUUACAGCUAACUAUGAUGGGAGGACCACCAGAGUUGUGACUGAUGUAGCUGCCUCCGGGGUGAGACAAAGGUUUACGUAUUACACAAGCAAUUUAGAUGGUUUCUAAACAUGUUGCCAAGACACUGGGAGCUGGCAGCUCCGUCCUUGUUUAGGUUUUCUUUCUCUUUCUCUCUCUCUCUCUCUUCCCCCCUCCCUCUCUAUCCUCAAAUUUUGCAUGGCGCGGGGGGGUGGGGGGGUUGGGAGAGAAAAAGGACUGAAGGACUCUGCACUUUUGUGUUCUCUAUGAACUGCGAGUGAGCUAAUAAAUUCUUUCAGCCACUCAGCAUAGCAUUCACGGAUAUCCCCCAAAGAUUACACACACAAAUCACUGCACAAUGGAGGCCGCCGGGAUGGCCUGGGCGUCGUAGGGGCCCCCGACCCCGAGGACAAGCUGGAGAGAGAGAGAGAGGGCUGGGGAUGGGGUGGGGUGGAGGGGGAUGGAAGGGGAGCACUGGCUGGAGUCAAACGUUGUAUAAUGGUUUGUAAUGCAGUAGUCAAUGAGGGUGGUGAUGGAGGUACGGUAUGUGGGGAGGACAGAAGAGGGGGUAUUCGGUUGGGAGGGGUGGGCACUGGGUAUCUACGGAGACCAAGAUGGAAGGAGACAGAGUGAGAGGGAGCGAGAGAGAGAAAGAAAGGGAGAGAGAGAAGGAAAUAUAGUGAGACAAGUAGAGAGAAAGAGACAAGGUGGAGGGUGAUUGGCUGUGUGGUGGCUUCGACUAGUUACUACAGCACAAAGAAAGAAAGAAAGAAAGAAAGAAAGAAAGAAAGAAAGAAAGAAAGAAAGAAAGAAAGAAAGAAAGAAAGAAAGAAAGAAAGAAAGAAAGAAAGAAAGAAAAUGUAGGGACAGAAUUAACUUGUGGGUCCUUUUUGUUUGUCCUCUGACUGCAGGCAGGAGAUGAAAGGGGUCUGCUAGGCCUCACAUUCCACCCCAAUUACAAGAAGAACGGCAAGCUGUACGUCUCCUACACCACCAACCAGGAGCGCUGGGCCAUCGGACCGCACGACCACAUCCUGCGCGUGGUCGAGUACACCGUCUCCAGGUAACCAGUGGAGAAAUCCAUGCCAAACAUUGACCAUUUACGGUUCAACCACUGAUAAUACAGAAACGUCCUGCGUGUGGUCGAGUACACCGUCUCCAGUUAAAAUCUGUGAAAUUACGUUGAACCACGUUUAAUAAACGUUGAAUUGACGUCUAUGUCCUGUGGGCACCGUCUCCAGGUAAAAGGGGAGAAACCAAACCAAACCACCCCCUAUAUACAUUAAUUGACCACACAUGGUUCAACCAAUGAUGAUGCAGAAACAAGUGAAGCCUAAAGAAGAUGCAUUUCAGUGUCGAUAUUCCUGAGAUAAAAGUUUGCAGGUAUAAAGUAGGGCUGGGAAUUGCCAGGGACCUCACGAUACGAUAUUAUCACGAUACUUAGGUGCCGAUACGAUAUGUAUUGCGAUUCUCACGAUUCUCACGGUUCUAUAUGCAUUGCGAUUCGACACUGUAAUUUUAUUUCAAUGUUAUUCGAUGUUUCAAACAUAUUGCUCACCAUAUGUCUGCUGCAGAGGGACAAGAAAGAGCCAUGAGAAAACGAGUUUAGGGAAAUAAAAGUGCUGAAAACAAAUUGGCUCCCUAUUUAAAAAGAAGAUGGAGAACAAGCUAUGAAGGAAAAAUACUGGAGUUUUGGAGCAGGUACAGCCAACUAGCGCAAAAAUAUUAUUGCUAUAUUGUCAAAACAAUACGAUAUAUCGUCAAAAAUAAUAUCCCAAUGUAACUGUAACAAUAUUUUCCCCAUCACUAGUAUAAAGUACAGUUGAUGAACAGGAAAUGUUUGUUAUCUAGUGAGUUUUGAAUGCAGCCCGCGGCGGCUCGCUGCCAAGUCAAGUCCCGCACCGUGAAACGCGUUUACUGACGGCGACGACUUUUGCUUUUAUAGAAAACUGUAAUGGCGCACUUUAAUUUUACAACGCCGCUAAUGACAACUGUAGAUGUUUGUGGCUAUGCUGGUGAUAUACCAGAGCUCCAUUGCACAACAAGCCGUGAUUAACAAAACAAACUUCUCGUAACUAUACUAGUUAAAGUAUUACGUUUUUAUUAUCAUAAUCACUGUUGUACGGCUCGGUUUUAAGACUUUAAGACCAUUUUUCAAAUGGCAAUUAUAAUCUUGACGCUGGUGGCGUUUUGAGGAGGAGUCAUGGUGUUGGUAUUUGUAUGUCACUCAGUGCGAAAUAGUCAAUCUCUUCCUGGCAGAGUAACGACGCUGAAGAAAAAUGAUAGGAAACUCUCUGUCUAAAUACCCUGCCCAAAAUAACACAUCAUUAAACAUUUUAUGGCUGUUAAUAUGAAGCCAAAUCUUUUCUCUGGACUUGGAAAGUCAUCACUUUAUGGGUUUGAGUUAAAGCUUCGAGUUGAGAUUCACCCCAACAUUGUAAUAACGUCUUAACUCUGAGCUUUAAUGAUGCGUCAAAUCUAAGACCCAAUGUCUCCUGACAACAAACUCGUUAAACACUCUUCUCGUUGGCGUGUUGUCAGGGAGCUUGUUUUUACAUGUCAGCAUUUUCUCCUGCAGUGGUAUCAUCUUACUCACGGACAUAAUUGCUAUUUUUCCAUCCAGGCAUUACAUGAGCACCUCUCUGUUUAAUCAGGACAUCCUUUAAAUAUACGUCUCAAACGUUCUUUACCUUUUGUCUCUAUAUUGGUAGUAGGCCCCAAUAGUGUCAACAUAUGUUUAGGGCUCAUUUUGGUUAAUGCAGGGGUGUGUUAGGGCUGGGUUGGAGCAAAAGCCUGCAUACAGUAAUACCCCUAUGACUGUCCACCCUUGGUAUGGAAUGUAUUGAAGCGUCGCGCCAGCCUCCGACAAUACACUCUAUGUUCCUCCCAUAGAGAUAUAAAACGAUACAUUUGAUCUAACACUUUUCUAUGUAAUUCUGUGAUCAGGAAAAACCCGAAUGUGGUGGACAGUAGGACCACGCGGAUGCUGAUAGAGGUGGCGGAGCUGCACAGGAAGCACCUGGGAGGACAGCUGCUGUUUGGCCCUGACGGCCUGCUGCACAUCGUCUUGGGAGACGGCAUGAUCACCCUGGAUGACAUGGAGGAGAUGGACGGCCUCAGGUGAGACCCAGGGGUCAGGGGGUCAAAGGUCAAGGGCAAUAUGGAGGCUAUUUGGGGAUCAGUCUGUGGGGAUCUUUCCAUGGGUAUCUUUCUAUGGCUAUCUUUCUAUAGGUAUCUUUCAAUGGGUAUCUUUCUAUGGGCGUCUUUCUAUGGGCGUCUUUCUAUGGGUAUCUUUCUAUGGGUAUCUUUCUAUGGGUAUCUUACUAUGGCUAUCUUUCUAUGGGUAUCUUUCUAUGGGCAUUUUUCUAUGGGUAUCUUUCUAUGGGCAUCAUUCUGCUUGUAUUUCUGAGGCCACUGUAGGCCAUUUCCCAAAAACGUAAAGGACAGUAAGUCUUAUAACAUUUGGCAAGAUACAGCAAUAAACCAAGACAGUAGCUACAACUUUUCCACCUCCACCACUUUCCUCAGACCUAACCAGUUGUCAUUUCUUGUGUGUGCUGUCUGCAGUGAUUUCACAGGGUCUGUGUUGAGGGUGGACGUUGACACAGACUGCUGCACGGCUCCCUACUCCAUACCCAGGAACAACCCCUACUUCAACAGCACCAACCAGCCACCAGAAAUCUUUGCCCACGGACUGCAUGACCCAGGCAGGUGAGUGAAAUGCUCCAUGGUCAUACCUGAUACCUGUUCCCACCCAGAGAAUCCCCCCAAUACUUCACUAUGGUGUGUGUGUAUCUUCUCAUGUAUUAAUAUUAGUAUAUAGUAUGUUGUUUUUAAUUGUGAGUGACAGUUAAUUGUGAGUGACAGUUAAUUGUGAGUGAUAGUUAAUUGUGAGUGACAGUUAAUUGUGAGUGACAGUUAAUUGUGAGUGACAGUUAAUUGUGAGUGACCGUUGCACCUAUUCCUUUUUAAUGUGUAUCUUCUCAACCAUGGAAAUGAUCAGAUCACUCUGUGUGUUACUGUCUCGGUCAGUGGAGGCCUUGUUCUGUGUCUUCACAUGGUAAAAGGUUAAUCAUGGAUUGACUCUACUAGGCUAUGAGCUUCAUUAGAACGUGUUCAUCAAUCUUACUGAGUUGUAGCUGUGUGUGUGAGAUAUGCAGUUAUUGACUUACAGUACCCCCGUUGCAUGCCACUCUUUUAUCAUGUGACACAACCACCCCAAGGUCAUAGUUGAUACUCAGGGAGUGAUGCAUCAUCGCAGAUGGACAGGGUCAUGACGUUCCAAUGUUUUUCCCACUUAUCCAUUCAUUCCUGUCUUUCCCCAGGUGUGCCGUGGACCGGCAUUAUACGGAUAACAACGGGAGUUUCCUGAUUGUGUGCACGGAUGCCAGCGGGAGGAACGCAUCGGCAGGGAGAAUACUGGAGAUCACUAAGGGGAAAGACUACGGUGAGUUCCUUCUUCCAAUGAUUUUCCCUAACAGAGCUGAUUAUGUGUCCCAAAUGGCACCCUGUGCAUGGGCCCUAGUUAAAAGUAGUGCACUAUAUAGCAGACAGGCUGACAUUUGGGACCUUUAGGAGCCUGAGAGUGACCUUUAGGAGCCUGUCUGGAAUACAUUAAUGAUACAUUAAUGUUGCUUGUUAUGAAAAUAGCUCUGUGUCUGCCUUACAUUUCCAUUUCAUGGCCUCUCUCACCUUGAGAAUGAGUGGAAGAAUCUGAUGGAAUUCCUCACAAAUUACCUUUUUGGAUAACCUUUCAUUUUACUGUGUGUUCUGUUCAAGAAAAACGACUUCUGUUUUUUUGGAAUACAAAUGUGGAUUCUUUCCUAUUGUGAGAAUGCGGUAUUUGGUCGUCCUCCAACUUGCUCAGUACACAGUGUAUCUGAGAGAGAAAAAAAAAAAAAGUAUCAAAAGUUAUUGUGAUCCACAAACGAUUCGUCCUUGCACAUCGUUGCCAGGGGAAUGUGAGUUUGUGUCCAUGAAUAUGAUUUAUAGUUGUCAGCUACGAUGAAUAUCUUGAUGAUGGGUUAGUAUUGUUGAAAACACACUAAACAGAGCCAUGAGGACCGGGGGUUGAUAUUCUCAUUGGUGCACAUCAAAAGAGCAUAAUCGACACCAGAACAUCCUGACAAGGCUCUUUUUUCUCUCUUUCUAACACAAUGAAAAAAUUAGUGCUUUUGUUUGGUUUGAUUAAUGUCGAACUGUUUGUUUGAUUCUAAUAACCACACAAUGAGUGCUAUUUCAGCCACCCGAAAAACAACCCCCCCCAACCCAACCCCUCCCCCCCAACCCCAACUCCUCCCCGCCAGCCCCUCCCCGCCAGCCCCUCAGCCAAGUUCAAAGCCCCCACCCAUUCCAUUGGCCACCUCUCACCCAGGACGACCACUGAUUGGGCCAAAUUACCCCAGACCCCGGCCCCAAUUAUAUUAUUGCCAUGGUGGAGGUGGAGUUCAUUACCUCUCUGAUUACACCCUAAUAGGGGCGAGAACUCCUCACAUCAUAAUGUCCAUUAUUCCCAUAAUGACUACAUAACGAUUUACAUUCACAUUGUCCAAAAAAUACCCUACAACACCAUCAUCAACCUCCUGCGUUCUUUAGUACAACGAUCACUUAAUACAUUCAGUUUAAACGUUAAUUAAGAGAUAUCGUGGCGGUUAAAGCCCUACAUCGACAUUACAUUUUAAUCCAGUUUAGCAAAGUUGUUUUUAACAAGGCAAGGCCUCAGUCACAGUAAUUGAAACCACCCUCCACUACAUGCUAAUGACCUCAUGACAGAUGGCAGUAAACAUGGAUAUCCUUUUCUCUUCCUACACCAACAGAGAAAACAGGACUCAUUAGAGUAGGCAUAAAUCACACCCAGGUCUCAGGGAGUCACAGUCAUUAGGCUAGUCUCUGACCAUGGCAGCUCCAGGUCUCAGGGAGUCACAGUCAUUAGGCUAGGGUCUGACCAUGGCAGCUCCAGGUCUCAGGGAGUCACAGUCAUUAGGCUAGUCUCUGACCAUGGCAGCUCCAGGUCUCAGGGAGUCACAGUCAUUAGGCUAGUCUCUGACCAUGGCACAUCCAGGUCUCAGGGAGUCACAGUCAUUAGGCUAGUCUCUGACCAUGGCAGCUCCAGGUCUCAGGGAGUCACAGUCAUUAGGCUAGUCUCUGACCAUGGCAGCUCCAGGUCUCAGGGAGUCACAGUCAUUAGGCUAGUCUCUGACCAUGGCAGCUCCAGGUCUCAGGGAGUCACAGUCAUUAGGCUAGGUCUCUGACCAUGGCAGCUCCAGGUCUCAGGGAGUCACAGUCAUUAGGCUAGUCUCUGACCAUGGCAGCUCCAGGUCUCAGGGAGUCACAGUCAUUAGGCUAGGUCUGACCAUGGCAGCUCCAGGUCUCAGGGAGUCACAGUCAUUAGGCUAGUCUCUGACCAUGGCAGCUCCAGAUCUCAGGGAGUCACAGUCAUUAGGCUAGUCUCUGACCAUGGCAGCUCCAGGUCUCAGGGAGUCACAGUCAUUAGGCUAGGUCUGACCAUGGCAGCUCCAGAUCUCAGGGAGUCACAGUCAUUAGGCUAGUCUCUGACCAUGGCAGCUCCAGGUCUCAGGGAGUCACAGUCAUUAGGCUAGUGUCUGACCAUGGCAGCUCCAGAUCUCAGGGAGUCACAGUCAUUAGGCUAGUCUCUGACCAUGGCAGCUCCAGGUCUCAGGGAGUCACAGUCAUUAGGCUAGGGUCUGACCAUGGCAGCUCCAGAUCUCAGGGAGUCACAGUCAUUAGGCUAGUCUCUGACCAUGGCAGCUCCAGAUCUCAGGGAGUCACAGUCAUUAGGCUAGGGUCUGACCAUGGCAGGUCUCAGGGAGUCAUUGUACACUCUUAGAAAAAAAAGGUUUAUUUGGCUGUCCUCAUAGGAGCACCCUUUGUAGAACCCCUUUUGGUUCCCUCUUUUGGGUUCCAUAUAGAACCCUCUGUGGAAAGGGUUCUCCUAUGGGGACAGCCACAGAACCCUUUUGGAACCUUUUUUGUAGGGAAUAAACAAAGUGAAACUCCCUGCUAUAUCUAAGAUGUAGCUAGUCAUAUCUUGGUCAAGCUGUCAAAUGACAGCUAUCUUAGGCUGAAAAUAAUAACUUUUGACAAAUACUAUACGUUCCAAAAAGUCAUUUUGGGGGGGGGGACACAAAUUGACUUACAAUACCACCAUCAUUCUGCAUUCGUUUUGGGACCUUGUAGAGAUCUAACUCUGUCUAUGUGUCAUAUGGAACUAUAUACUGUAUAUAGGGCACUAAAUAUAUAGUGCACUACUUUUGACCAGAGCCCUAUGGGCCUUGGUUAAAACGAGUGCACUAUAAAGACAAUAGGGUGCAAUUUGGGACACAAGCUCUGUAAUUACACUGAUAUGAGGCCUGUAUUUCUGUGUAUUUGUGUAGAGAAUGAGGCGUCCAUCUUAAUGGUACUGAUCUGAGGCCUGUAUCUGUGUGUUUCUGUCGAGAAUGAGGCGUCCAUCUUCAUGGUACUGAUCUGAGGCCGGUAUCUGUGUGUUUCUGUAGAGAAUGAGGCGUCCAUCUUAAUGGUACUGAUCUGAGGCCUGUAUCUGUGUGUUUCUGUAGAGAAUGAGGCGUCCAUCUUUGACCUGGCGACCAGUGGAGGAGCAGCACCUGUGGGAGGGUUCAUCUACAGAGGCUGUCAGUCCAGAAGGCUUUACGGGAGCUAUGUGUUCGGAGACAAGAACGGGUAAGUUUAUAAGUUAUAAAUAUUAUAAAUAACAGGGGUUUUAUUUAUCGUCAAAUGGUCUGGAUUAAAUGUGUAGCUAAUUUGAAUCAAAUGUCAUCAUUUUCUCAUUCAGAACAUUCUCGAACGGUUCUAGUGUUCAUUGACUUUGGAUUGAACAAACACAAACAGCUGUGUUUAGUAACCCAACUUUGCUAUGGUGAACGUAACUCUGAGGUAAACACUAUGCAUACCGUCCCCUGAUUCUGCCCAUGGUCACCGUGCCAACAUAAACCCAGUGUUCCAUCCACGAUGGGGGGAAAACAUUACUAUCACAUUGCUGACACUACUACGGCUCAGGCUCAUUCACUGUAAAUGGAGAUGUGAUUUCCUGCCCAGGUUGGUUGGUCCGUUUGGCUACGGCCUCGUGUUGUUCACACGUCUCAUUGGUUGAUAAUUCAUCUUGCUCUCUUGCUGAAGUCAAACCUCGCCUCUUGAAUAAACAAAGGAAAUAAAGACGCUGAAGGAAGUACGCUAUUGAGACGUCAUGGCAAUGUGUUUGGAAAAAUGACUCGCAGCCACUUCGUCUCAUUUCAGUUUUUGAAGGGCACGUUGUUGUGAAAGGGCGAGGAGGAUUUUUGGCAUCGUGUUUAUUUGGAAACCAAAAGACUUCAUGCACACUAAGGAACUGAAACACAAGACUGUUGUGCUGUGACCUGGAAGGAAACAAUGUGCCGUUUUUGCUGACCCCUGACCUGUGCUUAAUGCUAGCAUUACUGUAACAGUGUGCUGACGUUGCGCUGUGUUUGUGUGUGUGUGCGUAUGUGUGUUUCAGAAACCUGCGGAUCCUCCAGAAGGGCUCAGUGGCGACAAGGGGCCAGUGGCAGGAGAAGGCUCUGUGUCUGGGGACCAGCAGCUCCUGUGGCUCCGCUCUGGUGGGACAUAUCCUGGGCUUCGGAGAGGACCAACUAGGUCAGUAGAACCAGCACCAAGGCUGUGUCCCAAAUGGCACCCUAUUCCCGAUAUAGUGCAUUACUGUUGACCAGAGCCCCAUGGGCCCUGAUCGAAAGUAGUGCACUAAAUAGGGAAUAGGGUGCCAUUUGGGACGUAGCGCAACUCUCUCUAGUCUAAAGACUGGCCACUACAUGUAUACCAAUAUUAUUAUAUGUCAAUUUCUUGGCCUCUCUCUCUCUCUAUCUCUGUCUCUCUCUCUCUACUUCUGAGCUGAUGUUAUGAGUGAAAGCUUUUGUCAACAAAGGGUCUGAAUGCAGAAGAUAGAUUGCAGAAUGGCAAGCCAUCCUGAAAUCCAUGUUUACACCCAAUGACAGAUGUCAAAACUGUGGAAAACUCAGAAUCAUUGGGGCAUUGUAUAUGGAACAAUGGUACAUGUAUUUACAUAGUACAUCCCUGGAGUGCGAUGUCAAUGUUCAACAUGUUUCCACUCGGUUGGGUUUAGAAACAAGACUGCUCCAAUUGAGUUUCCGAGAUUAGGAAGUCAGGGGAAAAACGUCCGCACCGUUACUCGAGUGAUAUUCAAGAUAUUGGACCAGAAAGCCAACAGAGGUCACACACGUUGUGUGAGGGGAACUAAUACCUCCAUCCCUUCCCGCCGUGUCGCCUUUCCUCCAUGGCACGUUCCAGCAGCAGGAUAUUAAAGUCUCCCUGCUUCCUGAAGGAUUAUAUGGUCAUUUCCAUAAGAUAGCACCAGGCCUCAAAGAGCCUGCUGAUAUGGCAUGUAGUUGGCCACCUGGUGAUGAAUGUUUAUGGUCUGUGUUAUUGUUUACCAGCCUGCCAGUCAUACCAUCUUAGGUGAGGUGGGGUUAGGUUCGCUACAUCAACAAACCCACUGAACCCGAUUCAUUGUAUCCCCGUUUGACAAAAGGACUCAUUGUGAGCUCAUGUUUUGCAGAGAACUAAUUAUCCAUAUCAACAUAUAAAACGGGCACACAGGGUUAACCAUGGGACUUGCCAAUAUCUUGGCGUGGCAUUAGAAAAAUAUUUUUGCUUUUGUUCAUGAUUUGCCAAUGGGGGGGUGGGGGGUAGGCGAAUGGUGGAGGGCUGAGCUGAGCUGGGCUGGUGUCCCACAACAGGGCCCCAUUGACACAUUUACAAUUUGUCCUCUUAUGGAGCUGUGUUGUGGGCUUGCUCCUCAUUAAAUGGCUCGCCUGGUUCCAGUCAGGAGUAUUCAAUUGUCCCGUGAUACUCACUCUCUCCCAAGUCCCAUGGCAAGUGCAGCGCUGCAGGGAUCCUGAGCAGAGCAGCGAAGGAUAGGGGAGGGGGAGAAGCGAGGGCGCGAAGAGAGAGGAGAGGCGAGAGCGAGAGAGACGGAGCGACGAGAGGCGGGAGAGAGAGAGAGAAGGAGUAGAGGGCGACAGAGAAGAGAGAGAGAAGAGGAGAAGGGAGAGAGAAGAGAGAGAGGGAGGAGAGAGGAGAGAAAGAGAGAGAGGAGAAGAGCGGAGAGAGGAGAGAGAGAGAGAGGAGAGAGGAGGUGAGGAGGAGAAAGAGAGAGAGGAGAAACGGGGAGAGAGAAGGGGGAGAGAGAGAGGCAGAGAGAGGAAAGAGCGAGAAAGAAGAGGGGAGAGAAAAGGAGACGAAGGAGGCAGAGGAGCAGAGAGAGAAAGAGGAGAGCGAGACGAGAGAGAGAGAGAGAGAAGAGAGAGGAGAAGCGAGAGGAGACAGAGAGAGAGAGAGAGAGAGAGCGAGAGAGAGAGAGAGAGAGCGCGAGAGCGGGGAGACGGAGCGAGAGAGAGCAGAGAGAGAAGACGAGCGAGGCGAGCAGCGGCCCCCGAGACGGAGAGCAGCGAGACGAGAGGACGCCGAGGAGAGAGAGCGCGCAGAGAGAGGCGAGACGAGGAGAGGAGAGAAGCGAGAGAGCCGCGAGAGCGAAGAGCGAGCGAGCGGAGAGAGGGGAGAGCGACGAACGCGAGCGAGCGCGGCGCGGGGAGCGCGGAGAUCGGCAGAGGCGGAGGAGGCGCCAGCAGCAGAGAGAGAGCAGAGCGGGCGAGAGCGAGAAGAGAGCGCGCCGAGCGACGAGAGCGCGAGGAGAGGAGGAGAGAGCGGAGGCGCAGGAAGAGAGCGGAGCGAGAGAGCGAGCGAGAGAGAGAGGGAGCAGAGGAAAGGCGCGGGCGAGAGCGAGAGGAGAGAGCGAGGAGGGAGCAAGCGAGACAGAGGAGAGCGAGAGAAGAGAGAGGAGAGAAGAGAGAGAGGAGAGAAAAAAGAGGGAGAAAGAGGGGGAGGAGAGAGAGGAGAGAGAGAGAGAGAGGAGCGAGAGGAGAGAAGAGAGGAGAAAGAGAGGAGGAGAGAGAGAGAGAGGAGGAGGAGAGAGAGAGAGAGGAGAGAGAAGAGAGAGAGAGAGAGAGAGGCAGAGAGAGAGGAGAGGAGAGGGAGCGAAAGAGAGGAGAGGAGAGAGGAGGGGGGAGGAGAAAGGAGAGGAGAGAGAGAGAGAGAGAGGACGAGAGAGCAGAGAGAGAGAGAGGAGAGCGAAGAGAGAGAGGAGGAGAGAGCGAGAGAGCUAGAGGAGAGAGAGAGAGAGAGAGAGAGAGAGAGAGAGAGAGAGGAAGAGAGAGGAGAGAGAGGAGAGAAAGAGAGGAGAGAGGAGGGAGAGAGACGAGAGAGAGAGAGAGAAGCGAGAGAGGAGAAAGAGAGAGAGAGAGGAGAGAGAGAGAGAGAGGAGAGAGAGAGGAGAGAGAGAGAGAGAGAGGAGAGAGACGAGAGGAGAGAGAGAAGCGAGGAGAGAGGAGAGAGAACGAGAGAGAGAUAGAUCUCUGUCUCUCUCUCUCUCUCUUUUCCCUCUCUCUCUCUCUCUUUCCUUCUCUCUCUGUCUCUCUCUCUCUCUCUUUAUCUUCUCUUCUCAUAUUCUCUCACUCUAGAUAGGGCUGAUGCCUGGACAACAUUUCCCAUGUAACCCCUGUUCUCCUCACCCCCAGGUGAAGUCUACAUCCUGGCCACCAGUAAAAGCAUGGCUCAGUCACACAGUGGGAAGCUCUACAAGCUAGUGGACCCUAAAAGGUAAAGAACAAAACUUUAUAUCUUUGUGUGGGUGGGUGCGUGUGUGUCUGUGUCUAUUGCCUGCCCAUAUACCUACACAUAGCAGAUAUAGUGGCAGUGCAGGAUCACAACUUCACAGGUAGAGGGAACGUCAUACCUCCCUCCAUCCCUUGUUUUCUACACCUCUCCAAUACAUCACACACACACACACACACACACACACACACACACACACACACAGGGCUCUUAUCCCCUUAAACAAAUCAUCACACAACGGCUGGUUCCCCGGCCAACGCAAAUCUCAGCGCGGUAAUUGGAGAGUAAGCAUACUGUUUCUAACACCAACGCUACCAGUGGGCCCUGUUAGAGAGAGAGAGAGAGAGAGAGAGAGAGAGAGAGGGGGGGGGGGAAGAUAGGAAAGAGUGAGAGAGGAGAGAGAGAGAGAUGAGAGAGAGAGAUGAGAGAGAGAAGAGAGAGGAGAGAGAGAGCGAGAGAAGAGAGAGAUGAGAGAGAGAAAGAGAGAGAGAGCAAGUCACAUGUGGCUCGCUGGGUAUUUUGGUAGCGUUUGACAGGGCAGCUUAUACACUCCUGGAGAGAACGGAGUGGUAAUGUUUUCCUCAUAGUUGUAGGGAGGGAUUUGUUACAUGUGAGUGGAAGAUCUGUGGUUUGGGUUUUAAUAAAGGGAUGCUGUGUCCCAACAAUGUGCCCACCAAUCCAGGUCGCACACAGCUGAUAAUGUGCUGGAGUUUUUGGUGAUAAAUAUUACUAGAGGAGAUGUGACUGGCACAAAGGGUGGCUGCUAAUCAUUGUUGUAUGCGUGCUAAACAUUUUACCAUGUGUUUUACUCUAUAAAAAAUAUUUUUCGAUAAUGAUGAAUCUUUAACAAAUGAUGUUUGCGUCAAGCCAAGUACAUGUGAAAAACAUUUCUCCCAGCACAUCAGGAAGUAUGUACAUGGGGUGUAUGAAUUCCCCCCUCCACCGCAGGCAAUAACUGAGACAUGUGUAUGCCUUGAAUGUCACUGAUAUAUCUCUGAAUAAUGAGACAUUACAUUGAACACAACCAGAUCCUCUCACUUUCUAAUUCAAACCAAUUGCUCAUCAAGCAGUGUCUUUUCACCCUCAACCACCCACAAAUCAUCCAAUCCCCCUUUUCAGCACGCUGUAAUGGAGAACUAGAGAUCCUCAUGUAGGUUUAGGUUAUUCAGCUUACGUGAAGUUGGUAGGGAGGCAUGUGGCGCAUCUCAAAACAUUUCACUGGGCUUACAGUCCAGGAAGGCGCCAGAAUAAUGUUUCCUUAAGUCCAUUUCACUUUCUUGGAGUGUGUGUGUGUGGGACAAUAGAAACAGAUCCCUGGCUAAUUAUUGCUAAGGUGAUGACAGUACCACCCAAGUCACAAUUCAUUACGCCACAGAUGUUUCUAUGGGCCCCUUGCUGCCCCGCUCAACGUUUUAUUUAUGUUUUCUGGCAUGGACACAUUUUUCCCAAACAACAAUUCUUUCCACCCAUAUUUUGAGCUUGUUUAGUCUGUAUGUGGCCCCUGUGGUGUUGGGAGUCCGGCUUCUACACACACACACACGCACACACAAACACACACACACACUCACUUCGUUAUUAGUAUCUCGUUACAGGGAGGAUGGAGAGGGGGAGGGAAGGAGGCAGCCAACGUUUCUGACCUUGCUGUGUUAUCACGUCUGGUGGGCCACCCGUCCUCCUCUACCCCUCCUGGGGUACCUGGCGCCCCCUCACCCUCCUCCUUUACAGCAGACUUGUAUUUUUGAGAGGCGAGCCUGUGGUGGUCCAGGGGUCCCACAACAUCCACCAUCCACCCGCAUGGUGUUUUCAUUACAUGUGUUUGGGGAAGAAGAGGGGGGCGUUAGGAGGUAGGAGGCUGGGGAAGAAAAUCACCUAAACCCCUCUGUGAUGUUUUGGGGUAAACACACGUCCCGGCAGCACGCUGACUUCAUUUGUAGGUAUUUGUUUGUCAGUCGGGUACCGUCCAAUAAUAAAUAGGCCACCAUGCGUCUCAGUAACAUCUGUAUAUUGUUGUGUCUGUGUCCCAUGUGGACACAGAGGCAGAGUAGGAUCAUGUGGCAUUGUUCACUGGCUCUACGGUGGAAGGAGACAGAGCUGUUUAAAAAUACCAUGCAGCCUUGCCCGGGAUUCAAACCUACUCCAUAUGCAUCACACGCACACGCACAAACAUUAAUACACACAAAAACAUAUCAUGUGUGUUUGUGCGUGUGAUGCAUAUGGAGUAGGUUUGAAUCCCGGGCAAGGCUGCAUGGUAUUUUUAAACAGCUCUGUCUCCUUCCACCGUAGAGCCAGUAAACAAUGCCACAUGAUCCUACUCUGCCUCUGUGUCCACAUGGGACACAGACACAACAAUAUACAGAUGUUACUGAGACGCAUGGUGGCCUAUUUAUUAUUGGACGGUACCCGACUGACAAACAAAUACCUACAAAUGAAGUCAGCGCGCUGCCUUGUCUUCCCCAAGGCUUCAACAGGUUUCAGCUCUGUUUCGAAUGUUUCUUCUUCUUUUUCCUCUUCCCCUCUUUCUAUAAUUAGAUCAGUGUAAUGUCUGAUUGAGACAUGCAAUGCUUCAUUGAAUAUGUCUUAUCUCAAUUGCCCUGCCACACGCAGUCAGAGGUCCCCAUGAGAGAGAGAGAGGGAGAGAGAGAGAGAUACUUGUAUUUAUUUCUGGUGCUAACAUCCAUGUAGAAGCAGAGGAGGAGGAGGCUUCAUUACUUGAGAGAGGAGAGACACAAACAAACACAGCCUCCAGAUAUUGGGUGGGUUGAUUAUGUGGUGGAUGUCACUGGCCACAUAGUAAAGCUGUACAGAAUGUAACUGCCAGGUUGUUUAUUGUGUAUAAGAAUGGAAGGGACAGAACCACAUUUUAUUCUAAACCAAAUUCUAUCCUGUCCUUACGAUUCCAUCUGGAACCUGAAUGGGGGAGAAAUCCUUUUCGUAGCGAGACCAUUGAAACAGUUAGAACUCCUGCUGAUAACGGUAAUAAAAAUAGUUUGUCUUUCCAUUUAAACAGGCUUUUAUCCAAAGAGGGAGAAAAAGGUUCUCCUGUAUCAUAAUACACUUUUCACUCAAUGUAUGCUUUAGUUUAGUCAGGUGCAGAGUCCUCUGAUUGAAUUGUGUUGAGUAAAGAGGUUGAGAAGCCCCAGUGGACAUAGAAUAGGGCUCUGGGACCUCCUUUAUGAAGUCACUAUGGAAGUCACAAAUGACAGGAAGCACUGGGGAGAAGGAGCAGGGAGGUGUGUGUGUAUGGUACGAUAGCGCCCAGCUCCCGGCAUACUGGCCAAAAAAAUCCAGCUCUUUUAUUCAGAUGUCCCUCCUAAAUCUUGCUGCUGCGCUACUGUGGUCCUUCCCUUGACAAAGCUGCUCCACAGUUCCACUGAAUGGCCCUGGCUCCUACAAUACACAGUACAUUUCUGACACAAUUAAAACAAGGGAUGAAACCACAAAGAAGACCCCAAACAAUGGAGCCGGAUGACAAAACAGCCAAAGGACUCACACUGGGCCGUUUGAUUAAGCUAUUGUCGGGAGGCACAAUGUACACCACUCCAGGGCUUUUUUCUCACAUACACCUCAUGCCAAUCAAGCAAGCCCCCAGCACAUAGCCUCAACACAUUCCUUCCUUCCCAAAACCCUCCGCACCAACUCCCAGCCUACCAGCCACCCAUCACUAUCAAAGCUUUAAGUGAAAUAAAUCUGAUAGUCGCUAGAGCAUCCCUCACUAAUAGCAUCCCCUUUAUCAAUCAGCUGUAUGAUCUGAUCUGGGGUGACGUUUGAGGUGGUGAGGUAUUAUAAAGAGGGCUGUGUUAUGAAUAAGAGGGAGCUGAUCUGGGAUCAGGCCCAGCAUAUUGUCCCUGGCUGAGGUCUCCUGUUCUAGAACAAAGGGGGAGGUGGGAAAGGAGGCAGCUGAGCCAAGCAGAGCUCCAUACACCCCUCCCCUCCUCCCCACCACCACCCCGCCUCCCACCUCCAUUCAGCCACUAGAACUAAACUCUUUGAAAAAAAGGUGCUAUCUAGAACCUAACAGGGUUCUUCGGCUGUCCACAUAGGAUAACCCUUUGAAGAACCCUUUAUGGUUCCAGGUAGAACCCUUUUGGGUUCCAUCUAGAACCAUUUCCACAGAGAGUUCUACAUAGAACCUAAAAAUGUUCUACCUGGAACCAAAAAGGGUUCUCCUAUAGGGACAGCCGAAGAACCCCUUUGGAACCCUUUUUUCUAAGAGUGUUGGGGACCAGCCAAUAAUGUGUACAAACCCUGGAUGGCUGAUGCUGUGUAUUGGCCAUUGAGAGGUUUUUGAAGCUACCGGUCGGCCAUAUUGGCACUCCCCCCAGUAGGAGCAGUCCGCCAUAGGAAUGAAUGGAAUUCUACAGUAUUUCAAUUAAAAGUUUCAAGGACAAAAUUACAUUUAUUUAAAUAUUUUUGUUGUUGUAGUGGGGACAGUAACAUUAGUAAUACAAAUAAUAUAUACUUUAAGGAAAAUGUUUUUGUAUAGAUUUUUUUAUGUUUAGCUCACAUAAUUUCAUUUAAAAUUAUGCAUUAAGGUGUCUGUAAUAUGAUACAUGUGGCAAAAACGAGUGUAGACAUUAAUAAAUGCAUUUCAAAGCUUCCAAAAUAUUUUUUACUACGAUGAGGUAGUGCCAAGAUGGAGGCACGGUGGCUUCAAAACAGCGCCCCCUAGCAGUCAUAUCGUGUAUAUAUAAAUCAUUGGGACCAGCCUGGCCCAGCCCCGUGGACACUCAAACUAAUAAGCCGGCCCUCCUUUAAUUUAUCAGUCUGUGUUUUAUGCAAGUGUCCUCGCCGAGUUGAUACAUUCCCACAGUGCCUGUUGACCCAGCUGCCUUUGUCAAGUGGCGCUCCGGCAGGUGUUGUUUUCACCCGGGCCCAUGGCCACCCAUGGCACUGAUACAAACUGAUGAGGAGCGCUAGCCGUGGCUGACCCCUGCCUGCCUGACACUAUUAACAGUGUUGUACCCCAAUCCUCCAGGGACUAGCUGUCCCCCUUUCCUCUCUCUCUCACCCUGGUCUCUUUCUCCCGACUCCAUCACUCUCCCACCCUCUCUCUUUCUGUCCCUCCUUCUCUCCGUUUUAACAACUUGCAGCCUGUCACAACAAAGGCCCAGAGUGUGGAUGAGAAAAGACACAGGGUUGGGUGGGUGCUGAGGGGAGCGGAGCAUGGGAAUCGCCCCCGUCCCCUCCACCCCCCUAGAGACCCCCUUUAGGCUCUGGUUCUGCCCCGGGACUGCCAUCAGUCAAUGUGGCUGUCAGAACAACACUCUCCCAGCCACGGGGUUCAACGCCCCACUCACACACCCGCAGGACCCUGACCAGGACCCCCUAACUCACUCACACACACACAACACAGGCCAGGAGCCCCUCAUUUGAGCACUAACCAACAGAGCACUAACCAACAGAGCACUAACCAACCACAGUCAGUAAGUCAGUUAAUUCACAACCAGACCCCAAUAUCACACUCAGUUGUGGCUCCUGUCUGUCCAUUGGUCAUUAGAUCUCUAUAGCAUUAUCUCUCUAUAGCAUUAUCUCUCUACAGCAUUCGAUCUCUCUCCGGCAUUAUCUCUACAGCAUUAGAUGUCUCACCAGCAUUAUCUCUCUACAGCAUUAGAUCUCUCUUCAGCAUUAUCUCUCUACAGCAUUAGAUCUCUACAACAUUAGAUCUCUACAGCAUUAGAUCUCUCUUCAGCAUUAUCUCUCUACAGCAUUAGAUCUCUCUACAGCAUUAGAUCUCUCUACAGCAUUAGAUCUCUACAACAUUAUCUCUCUACAGCAUUAGAUCUCUCUACAGCAUUAGAUCUCUCUACAGCAUUAGAUCUCUCUACAGCAUUAGAUUUCUACAGCAUUAGAUCUCUACAGCAUUAGAUCUCUCUACAGCAUUAGAUCUCUCUACAGCAUUAGAUCUCUACAGCAUUAGAUCUCUCUACAGCAUUAGAUUUCUACAGCAUUAGAUCUCUACAGCAUUAGAUCUCUCUACAGCAUUAGAUCUCUCUACAGCAUUAGAUCUCUACAGCAUUAGAUCUCUCUUCAGCAUUAUCUCUCUACAGCAUUAGAUCUCUCUUCAGCAUUAUCUCUCUACAGCAUUAGAUCUCUCUACAGCAUUAUAUCUCUCUACAGCAUUAGAUCUCUCUACAGCAUUAGAUCUCUCUACAGCAUUAGAUCUCUCUUCAGCAUUAUAUCUCUACAGCAUUAGAUCUCUCUUCAGCAUUAUCUCUCUACAGCAUUAGAUCUCUCUAUAGCAUUAUAUCUCUACAGCAGCCAGAGAGUCCAGCACCCAGAGAGAGAGAGUGUGUGUGUGUGUGUGUGUGUGUGUGUGUGUGUGUGUGUGUGUGUGUGUGUGGUGUGUGUGUGUGUGUGUGUGUGUGUGUGUGGGUGUGUGCGUGUGCUUGUGCGUGUGGGUGUGUGUGUGGGUGUGUGUGUUUGUGUGUGUGUGUGUGUGUGCCUGAUGGAUAUAUCAGUACACUGCCUGGCUGAGGCUUGUCUUGCCUCAAUAGUCGAUGCUGUUCAGCCCUAGCCACACACACACACACACACACAAGCUAACAGACAAUUCACAUUUGAAUUCCAUCACGUAGAACGCUGCAAUAUUAUUUCCAGAUUUCUGAGCCCGGGCUGGAGCGUGAUAUGAAAUGAUCAAACUUUAAGCCUAAUUUGGGCCAGUGCGUGUGUUCAAUGUUUGUCUUGUCAUGAGAUGAUCACAAUAUGUCUGUUUAGUGUGCCGCCUGUUGGCAGUGUGGUUGGAUAUGUUUGCAGGUGUGUGGUACAUCUGUGUGUGGUGUGUGUGGUGUUUAUGAGUCUCCUGUCAUGCUGAAUUGAAGCUGCUCCCUGUGUUCUAGACACACACACAGCCAUGUCCUCAGUGGAAAGAAAACUCUGGUCCAGCCAUUCAGUCAGUCCACCAUUCCAACCUCCCAGCCUCCCAACCUCUGAUGCAUCACUGUAUGCUCCAAAUGAAUGAAUUAUACAUCAAAAAUUAAUUAACAACAUUCUAGAAACUGAAUAUUCCAGAAAGAACCGUGUCACACACAGAGUCUCUCCGUACUCAAACAUUCAUUCUCCCCAUGACUCCUUUCCAUCACAUCAAUGUUAUGUAAAGGCCCAUUCUGGUGGAGCCGUUUCCUCUGCCCUGUUUUACAUGGUUAAGUGUUCUGCUGCUAUGGCACCACUACUGCCUCAUAUUUAGUGUGUGUGUGUGUGUGUGUGUGUGUGUGUGAAUAUGGUGUGUGAAAGAAAGGCCACAUAUCUGUAUGUAAUGCCUCAGAGCAGUGUGUGUGUGUGGGUGUGUGAGAGCCUUUAGAGUGUGUGACCGUUGCCCUCCCUGUGUGGCCACUGCAGGCCCGCGGUCCCUAAGGAGUGUCAGAGACAGGUGGAGGCCCCGGAGCUGCUGGGAACGGCCUGCUCACGGCAGUGUAAGAACGGAUACUGCACCCCCACCGGGAAGUGUUGCUGCAGCACCGGCUGGGAGGGACCCUUCUGCAGAGUGGGUGAGUCAGAGAAAAGUGCUGUUUGAAAUGUUCAACCAUAACCUAGAACUUUACAUAAUAACCCUCUGCAGAGUAGCAGAGACCUACUGUAUAACAAGAGUUACACAAUAAUGUGAAGAAUUCUACUGUAUAUCUUGAGUAAUGUUGAUAUUAAUCAAAUAGGCUACUUUGGAUCCAUAAUGGACACUUAUCACAUAAAGUGUUUAUGAAUGUUUUGUUGUCGUCGCUUGUCAUUGUCAUAUACCUGUUAUAUGAUAUCCUCUCUCUCUCUCUCUCUCUCUCUCUCUCUCUCUCUCUCUCUCUCUCUCUCUCUCUCUCUCUCUCUCUCUCUCUCUCUCUCUCUCUCUCUCUCUCUCUCUCUGUGUGACACAGCUAAAUGCGAGCCAGCCUGUCGUAAUGGAGGCGUGUGUGUUGAGCCCAACAAGUGCCUGUGUAAGAGCGGCUACUCGGGUGCCCAGUGUGAGAAGGGCGAGCGGGGCAUGCCUAGCGACCAGGAGAAGGACGGCAUCCUGGACCACAUCAUAGACAUGACCUCGUACCUGCUGAACCUCACCAGCUACAUCGUAUAG